UUUGGCAUUUUUAGUUUUAUUUAUUGCAUGCAACCGUAUAAAACCUGGUACCGGUCUCAGUGCCAGGCUUACUAGUGGAAAAGCUGAAAAGACCACGUAACUCCUGGUGCAGCAAAGAGGUUCUUCUGCAAGGCAUUUGCUGGACUCCUGCAAAAUUAUUUUGAAUAACAUGGCAGAGAAGGAUUUCAUCAGUUGGCAACUUCUGGCUUUAUUUUUUCUUCCAUUUUGCCUGUGUCAAGAUGAAUACAUGGAGGUGAGCAGAAGAUCUUAUAAACCAGUGGCCAAAGUAUUGCAAAGUCAUCACCAGACUGGCCAUACAGGUUCCAGAAGCAGGGAAAUAUUGAAACAGCGGAGUCAACUUAUAGAGUGGACUGUUGAUAAUAGCACUUCUACAGACCAUAAAGUCCUGAGACCAGAGGUAGAUGAUGUAGAACUGACUACCUCAGAUAGAGUCCAGCCCCCACAGACUGGACCACAGAAUCCAGACUGUAGUUCCUGCUGCCGUGGUGACUUUGGACUUCGACUUUACCAAGGGCCACCUGGACCUCCUGGACCCCCUGGGAUGCCAGGAAAUCAUGGAAACAAUGGAAAUAAUGGAGCAACAGGCCAGGAAGGAGCCAAAGGUGAAAAAGGAGACAAAGGAGAUAUGGGACCAAGAGGAGAGCGUGGCCAUCAUGGACCCAAAGGCGAGAAGGGUUACCCUGGGAUUCCCCCAGAGCUACAGGUCGCAUUCAUGGCUUCCAUGGCUACUCACUUCAGCAACCAGAACAGUGGGAUUAUCUUCAGUAGUGUUGAAACUAACGUCGGGAAUUUUUUUGAUGUCAUGACUGGGAGAUUUGGUGCUCCAGUGAAUGGGGUGUAUUUCUUCACCUUCAAUAUGAUGAAACAUGAAGAUGUGGAGGAAGUGUAUGUGUACCUGAUGCAUAAUGGUAAUACAGUUUUCAGCUUAUACAGCUAUGAAUCAAAAGGGAAAGCGGACACUUCAGGAAACAGUGCAGUGCUAAAACUUGCUAAGGGAGAUGAAGUUUGGCUGCGAAUGGGAAAUGGAGCUCUCCAUGGGGACCAUCAACGGUUCUCCACCUUUGCUGGGUUUCUUCUUUUUGAAACCAAGUAAAAAAAAAACAAAACCCAAUAGAUGUUCAUCUGAGGAAACUUCUUUUUUGAAACUGGUGUUUGUCUCUGGACCGUGGAAUAGAAUUACAACGUUGAAAGACCAAGAAGGCUUGUUUUGAUGCAAUGCAUUGCUAUUUGUGUAUUGGAGAUGAGCUGAAUACAUUGGGUGGCUGACAUACAGAUUCCUAGAAGAUAUAUUGUCUGCUGGCUUCUAUCUAGUGAGUCAUUAUGUGUUGCUAUUGUUCUCUUCUCCAAAGUGGCCUGAAAACAAAGGAAAAGGAGUUUAAAUGAUUUAGAGAGCAGUUUAAGCGAUAAAGUCAAUUUUGUAUGCAAAUAUACUUUAGUUAAUAAUACAUCAGGAAUUGAACAAUUGAUUAAAGUUUUUCUUUUCAUUUAUUCAGUUCUUAUUAUACAUUCAUAUAAGUUUGCAUCAUGGAAACAGGCCUAAGUAAACUAUAAGUGGGGUCAGCUGAGACCAGAUUUAAAGAAAGAAGUUUUUACUGGACUAGAAUGAACUUUACAAAUAGAAGAAAAAAAAUGUGAAAAUAAAGAUGUCAAGGAUUCAGGUUUAUUGCAUUUCCAACUCAAACCUCUGAAGAUGUAUCUGGUGACAUUUUCAACACAUUUUUAGUAUGUAUUUAUGCUCACUCUCUCUCUCUUAAAAAAAAAGUGGUAGUAAUUAUUGCCUUAGUAGCAGCUUGAAGCUAAGUGUGCAGGGGAUCAGACAAGGGAACUGUUUCUUCCUAGUCUUCAAAUUGUUGAAAUGUGAUGUAACUGAAUGCAAGGUAUCAAAGCAGAGGCAUAUACGCUGCAGAAUUGGGGAUACACCAGCAUCACAGAGAAAUACAUGCUUUGUGGUGUUUGGCACUCUUGUAGAAGGAUGUACCUUUUAAUAUUGCAUUUUUACUUAACAGUGAAGUUGUUCAUAGAGUUUUCCUAGCUGCUUUCCAAGGACCAGUACUUCAGGAAAAGACACUGAGGCCUGGCAAAGCAGCAGCUAACUUAAUUCAAUAUUUAACUGGUGAAAGCAAAUGCUGUCUGGCUUAGAAGUUCUGCUCACAGUAAACCAGGUCAUUCUUCAGCAUUAAUAUUUGCUACUGGCUUUUCAAAAUUUGGGUGCCUGAAAUCCUGUAUUGCUAUUUUGUUUUCAUUAGAAUCAGCAGCAAAAAUACUAAGGCAAUACUGAAGUUUGAAUGUAUCUUCCGCCCAACCUGUCUCUCCGAACACAAGCAAAUGAAAAUAUAAAUUACUUUUUAACACACUACCUUUUAACCAGACAUUACCUGCCAGUAAUGUGUAAGAAGCAGGUGGGGUUAGGAAAACAUUUAUUUGAGAUUCUUUUCUACUGGUUACAGAUAUCAGUAUCACAACAAUAGAGCAAACAAAUCAAAAUCUGCUCUAUGAAUUUAUACAUCCUUUUACACUGUUCCUAGUGUGUGCAAACCACAUUUAAUUGUGAAAAAUGCAUGUUGAUACUUGAUGAUUAUGACUUGUGAUUUUUUUAGUUUUAUGCAUCAACCACUGAAAAUAUUAGCUUUAAUGAACUGUUGUCUGAUGAGUUUUAUUGUUCCUUUAGGAACUUGGGUCAGGUUUGCAUCACAUAGGUUUUCAAAACCUGACACCAUGUUAUUCUAAUAAGCAUUCUAGUAAAAUUCUGGCAUGCCUUCAAACUAAAACUCACCCAAAAGGUAACUAGACAACGAUAUUCUUCUGGAAUAUGUGCACCAGUUGUAUGAGAUAUAAAGCAUCAUGAGCUAAUGUUGACCAUAAGAAAAAUCUUGAAAAAAAAAUUUCUUGUUAUGUUAGGAAUGUUUGCUUACUCUGUAAAAUAUACAU